AUGACAAUGACAUCAACCACAGACACCCCGUUGACAGACAGUCAGAGGCGAAAACUCGCCCAUCAGCUGCUGAUCGAACAUCUCUCAUACCAAUUUGCCUUUCCGGUCCAAUGGAUCGAUACCCAACAAGCCCUACUUCAACAUGAUCCCCCCAUCCAGCGCAUCAUCGAGAUUGGUCCUUCGAAAGUCCUGGCCACCAUGGCCCAGAAGACCGCCACGUCGGGUCCAACCGCCCGCCAUGACCAGGCCAAUGCCAUUAACCGACAGUUCCUUAGCUCGGCCAGCAAUCUUAAGGAUAUCUACUAUGAGUAUGAGCCUGAGGAGCCAGCCCCAGCUGCAGCCCCAGCCCCAGCUACCACCGCUGCUGCGCCAGCUGCAACUGUAGCUGCAUCUGCACCUGCACCUGCACCUGCGCCAGCUGUAUCAGCUGCCUCCGUCCCCGACACGCCACUCACAGCCGGGGAUCUAGUCCUGGCAUUGACAGCUCAGAAACUGAAGAAGCCAUUCGACCAAGUCCCCUUGGACAAGUCCAUCCGGGAUCUCUCCGGAGGCAAAUCCACUCUGCAAAAUGAACUGAUCGGCGACCUCGAAGCCGAGCUCGGCCAUCUCCCCGACAACAGCGAGACCCUAGCCCUAGAAGCUCUCUCGAUGCUCCCCUGUUCCGGCCAGCUCGGCAAGCCCAUGACCAGUCUAAUAGCCCGACUGAUCUCAUCCAAGAUGCCCGGCGGUUACAAUCAACAGUCGAUCCGACAGCACCUGCAGACCCGAUGGGGACUUGAAUCCCAGCGUCAGACGGCCAUUCUAUGCUACGCCACCACUCUUGAACCAGCAGCCCGUCUCGCUGACCCUGCCGCCGCCACUGGAUUCAUCGAUAGCGUCGUCCAACGCUACGCCCAGUACUUCAAGCUGUCCCUGUCCCCUGGCUCAUCCGCUGGCCCGUCCACUCCCGCGGCAGUCAUCGACGCAUCAGCCCUCGAAGCCGCCACCCGCGAGCAGAAAACCGCCAUUCGCAAGAUCCACGAGGUCCUCACCCAACUGCUCGAUGAGCCUGAUACCACCGAGCCCGCUGCAUCUACAACCGACCUCACCGCACAACUCGACCACUGGACCACCGAGUUCGGAUCCCACAUGCAAACCGGCACCGCUCCACUCUUCGAUGCCAACAAAAUUCGUCUCUACGAUUCCUGGUGGAACUGGAAACCCCCCCUCCCCUCCCUCUUCCCCCCUCCACCACCCCCACCACCCCCAACAUACAUCUACACCACCCCCUCCCUCGCCCCAAGAACAACCAUAACCCCCACCGGCGACCUCCUCUACACCGAAACCCCCCGGUCCCCAGCCACCACCCCCACCGAAUACACCUACCUACUCACGCGAAGCACCACCACCAACCUCCCCUUCUGCCACCUGCGCAGUCGCCACGACACAACAACCUGGACAUACAACACCCACUGGACAAACCACUUCCUGACCUCCCUCACCACAGCCACCACCACCGGGUUAUCCUUCACAAACCGCACCGUGCUAAUCACCGGCGCCGGCCCCGGCUCCAUCGGUGCGGAACUCAUCAAGGGAUUACUCCAAGGCGGAGCCCAAGUCCUCGUCACCACCAGUCGAGCCAUCGGCUCAACAGCCCAAUUCUACACAGAUAUGUAUAGAACGUAUGGGUCGAGGGGGAGUAAACUCGUCCUGAUACCGUUUAACCAGGGCAGUCGGGGAGAUUGCGAAGCGCUUAUUGAUCAUGUUUAUGAUUCUGCGAGUGGGAGUGGAUAUGGAGGGGAUAUCGACGCUAUCCUCCCCUUCGCUGCCAUCCCACAGACCGGGCAGGUCGAUGGUGGGAUAGAUGAGAAAGCGGAACUCGCGCACCGACUCAUGCUAACGAAUCUUCUUCGAUUGCUGGGGAGAAUCAAAUAUCAUAAAGUCCAGAGACGCAUAACCACUCGUCCGACGAUGGUUAUUCUCCCGUUAUCGCCGAACCAUGGGACGUUUGGUGGGGAUGGGCUGUACUCGGAGUCGAAGUUAGGGUUGGAGACUUUAUUUAAUCGCUUCUAUUCGGAGAGAUGGGCGCCUUAUCUAUCUGUUUGUGGGGCUGUGAUUGGUUGGACGAGGGGGACUGGGCUCAUGAAUGGGAAUAAUCUCCUCGCUGAGGCGGUGGAAGAGAAAGGAGCGAUGACAUUCACGUCUGGGGAAAUGGCGCUAAAUAUUCUGGCUGUGAUGGGGUGUGAGAAGUUAGUGGGAGUGUGUGAGGAACAGCCCGUGUUGGUGGAUUUGAGUGGUUGUUUGGGUAUGAUUGGGGAUUUGAAGGGUGUGUUGGCUGCUGCAAGGAAACGGAUGCAGAUGGAGAGUGCUGUGAGAAAGGGUGUGGUGGAGGAGAGGGCGAGGGAGGGAUUUAUUCUGGGAAAUACCCCUCCUCCCUCUCCUCCUGACACUACGGUAUAUCACCCACGCGCAAAUCUCCAAGUCGGAUACCCCAAAGUCCUCGACUACGCCACAGCCACAAAAAACCUCCCAAAUCUCCAAGACAUGCUCGACUUCCAAAAAACCAUCGUCGUGGUGGGAUACUCCGAACUCGGACCCUGGGGCAGUGCCCGCACACGAUGGGAGAUGGAAUCCACCGGGGAAUUCACCACGGAAGGGUACGUGGAAAUGGCAUGGAUGAUGGGUCUGAUCCAACACUUCUCCGGGGAUAUCCAAGGUAAACCCUACUCCGGCUGGGUCGAUCGAGAGACCAAAACGCCUGUCCACGACGACGAGAUCGGGACCAAGUACGGAGAAUAUAUCCGCUCCCAUGCAGGGAUCCGAUUCAUCGAGCCAGACCUCUUAAACGGAUAUGAUCCGGACAAGAAGGAAUUCCUCCACGAGGUGGUUGUCAACGAGGAUCUCCCUGUGUUCACAACAGCCCGGGCAACCGGCGAGGCAUUUAAACUACGCUAUGGAGAAAAGGUAGAGGUUACUCCCCAGGGGGAAGAAGAGUGUCUGGUACGAAUCAAGAAGGGGGCACAGUUUCUCGUCCCCAAGGCAGUCCCAUUCACUCGGAAGGUAGCGGGGCUGUUGCCCACGGGCUGGGAUCCAGCGCGGUAUGGCAUCCCAGAGGAUAUCGUCGCCCAGGUCGAUCCCAUCACACUGUACGUGCUAUGUUGCGUAUGUCAGGCCAUGCUCAGCGCCGGGAUCCAGGAUCCGUUCGAGAUUUACCAGCACAUGCAUGUCUCCGAACUAGCCAAUUGCAUCGGGACAGGCGUGGGUGGACUCGUCUCUAUGCGCGGCGUCUACGCAGAACGAUACCUCGACCAUCCAGUCCAAAACGACAUUCUCCAGGAAUCAUACCUCAAUGCCAUGGGCGCUUGGGUCAACAUGCUCCUCGUUGGAUCCAGCGGCCCGAUCAAAUCCCCUGUUGGCACCUGCGCCACCUCAGUCGAAUCCCUCGACACAGCCUGCGAAUCGCUCCUCCUCGGCAAAACCAAAAUGGCCCUAGUCGGCGGAACCGACGACUUCCAACCGGAAAUGUCCUACGAAUUCGCCAACAUGAAAGCAACCUCCAACACAAUCACGGAGCUAGCCAAUGGCCGUCUCCCGCACGAAAUGUCCCGUCCCAGCACUACCUCUCGCGCAGGAUUCAUGGAAUCCGCCGGCUGCGGGAUCCAAAUCAUCACGACGGCGGAAAUGGCACUGCAGAUGGGUCUCCCAAUAUAUGGCAUCGUGGCAUAUACCCAGAUGGCGGGGGAUCGGGUGGGGAGGUCGGUUCCGGCGCCGGGGAUGGGGGUGCUCACUGCUGCGCGCGAAUCCAUCUCAUCUUCAUCACCUAUCCUUGAUUUCGAGUACCGUCGGGAACAGCUCUCAAAUGCCAUAUCCCAAGUCCGAGAAGAACGGACGAGGUCGCUUACAGCGGCGAAACACGCCCCGGGAAACAUGGACUUAGAAUCCCACAUCCAAACCAUCGAAACCCACACUGCACAACAAACCCGCUCCGCCCAAUCCCUCUGGUCCCACGACCUCCACCACACAGACCCAAACAUCUCCCCUCUCCGCGCCGCUCUAGCAACCUACGCCCUAACCAUCAACGACAUCACCAUCGCUACACUCCACGGGACCUCUACCCCAGCCAACGACCUCAACGAAGCACGGGUAAUAAACACCCAAAUGACCCAUCUCCGCCGCACCCCGGGAAACCCCCUCCUCGCCAUAUCCCAAAAAUAUCUAACCGGCCACCCCAAAGGCGCAGCAGGGGCAUGGAUGCUUAACGGGGGUUACAGGUCUUACACUCGGGCGUGGUACCGGGGAAUCGGAACGCGGAUAACAUUGAUCACAGAUUGGAAGGGUUUGAACAUCUGGUGUACCCCGCCAAGGAGAUGAAUGUUGG